AUUUUUAUCGUGAAAACGGGAAUGGCUGUCGGUCUCUUUUGCACUCGCGCAUAACUAUAUACCUACGUGUAUAGCGGCGUAUACUGCAAAGUGUGUGUGUGUGAGUGCAUGUGUUUGUAAGUAGCGUGCGAUACCGCCGCUCUCGGUUCGGCUGCAAUGCAACAUUACGUGUAUGAGUGAACGGCGCGACUCGCUCUCACGAGCUCUCGCAGAAGCACAAGCAGCCAACAGCAGCAGCAGCAGCCGCAGAGAGUGUAAGUCAGCAGCAGCUCUCGCGUAUAUAUAGUUGCUGCGGCGCGCGGCGUACAUGUACACAUAUAUCUCUGCGUGUAUACACACACCAACAUAGCAGAGGCUCCCAUAUAAACUCGAUAAACGCCAUUUUAACCCAACUGUGGAAGUCUUUGGCUGUCGCGACUCGUGCUGCGGCCUGCGAAACUCCGGACUCUGUGUUUGUGUGCGUGCAGCUUUGCAAGUGUAUGUAGUGUGUAUAUACUCUGUUGGCACAGCGAGCUGCAGCGCGCGGCUAGCGGUCAGUUUACGGUGCUCCGAACUCUCUCGGAGACGUCGCAGACGCAGUAUACAGUGCGUGUGUGUCUGUCUAUGUGUGUGUGCUGGUGCGCGAGUGCACAACAUUUUCCGCACCGUCUGCAGAGAGAGAGCGAGACAGUCGUGCCGCGACCCGCCGACGAGGCCUUAACGAGGCCUCAACGAGGCUGACGAAUACACGUCAACGGUGAUCGUUGCAUCGUCCAGUUAUCGCACGCGUGAAUUAUAAUUAUCGUUUAUCGGCGAGCUGCUGGUGUCUAUGCAAAAGAAGGGAGUCGUGUUAACAGUGUUUUUGUCUCCCUCUCUAUUCUCUCUAUCUCUCUCUCACACUGGUGAUUGUACACAUAGACGUCCUAAGCAAGGAUGUGAGCGAGCUGCCAGUUAUGUGUUGCUGCGUCUGCUGAUGUUGGUCGGUAGCAGUUGCAAGCGAAAACUCCUUGAGCAUAUACGUGCCUCUCUCGCUCGCUGAGAGAGCUCGUCGCCUAUAUCUUUCUUUCUACGCGUGAACGCGAGUGCGUAUUAUAUCUCUCUUUCUCGUUCAUCGACUGUGCGCCUUUGUGUGAUAUAACGUGUGCCUCUUUGCGCGUGUGUAUGUGUCAACAAUCGGCUCAAUCAAAUCGUAGUCGGAGAAAGCCGAGAGCGAGUAAAACUCCGUAAAGGCCGAAAAAGCUCCUCGCUCGUAUAUAAUACAACUACAUAUACACAACGUAGUGUCAGUGCGAGUGCGUACAUAGAUGCCUCUCGAGCUAUGUUACAGCCGGUGCUGCUGCUGGAUAAGCUGCACGGCGCUGCCGGCCAAUAUGGUAUCCCGCAAUUAUCGAUGAAUAAGCGGCGGUAAGGGUGACAGGAGGUCGCCAAGGGUGGAGGUCGAGGUGGGGCAACAAAAGGGAUUUGCUCAGCUCACUCCAAAAUCCCUGAAUCAAGGAUAAGAAAAAUUGCCUAAGAAAAAGAAUUUCCGAAACACUACGGGUCAAAGGACAAAAUCGCUAGUCGCAGGUAUAGCGUUAAAUUUAAUCGAAGAAGAAAAAAAACAAAAUGCCGCUGCCAAAAAGGGUAGUCGAGCCGGUGCACGUGGCACGGGGUACCAUACCCGAUCACUUUCCUCUGCCUUCCGAACUGGAAGCAGUGACGAACGGCACAUUGGCCAACACCAUAAGGCAAUUGUCGAGUCUGUCGAGGCACGCCGAGGACCUAUUCGGCGAGCUGGCUAAAGAGGCGCACGGUCUUAGCGAUCGGGCCAACUCGCUGCAGGCGAGAAUCGACAGACUGGCGGUCAAGGUUACCCAACUUGAUAGCAACGUCGAAGAAGUCUCGCUGCAAGACAUUCACAUGCGCAAGGCCUUCAAGAGCUCGGUUGUGUUCGAUCAGCAGGUCGUCUCGAGAGAUACGAUGCCGACCGCCAUGAUGGAGACCUAUCAUCAGUGCGAUACACCACCGCCUCUCGACAAGCUCAACGUUUAUAGAGAGGAUGGAAAAGAUGGUCUCAAGUUCUACACUGAUCCGAAUUACUUUUUCGACUUAUGGAGUCAAGAAAUGCUCAAGGACACCGAGAAGAAGUUACAUGAUCGGGGAAAGAAGACCGAUGAAUCGGAAUAUGCCGAACCGUUCAGAGAGCCGCACAGGCCUCGGAACGCCAGUGGCGGCGACGCAGGUCACGGAGGUGGUCGGCACAAGAAACGCGUACGUCAACCGCACAACACGCGCGAGCGUCAGCGACAAAUUGCAGUUGGCCACGGAGAGUACAUCAUGCCUACACAGACCGUGCAGUAUCGAGUGCCUCAUCAGCAGCAGCUGCCGGAGGAAGCGCUUCUCGACAUGGUCAUGUCAGAUCUGAACAAGCCUCCCCGGCCCAACAGUAUCGAGCUGACUCGCAGCUACCCGUCGAAUCACCAACCCGAUAAGCAGCAGAUGAUGUAUGCCGCGAUGAACGAUCACUACCGCACUGCUAAUUACGGCGGACAGGUUCAUAUUCAGCUGUCGGGAUACGAAGACAGUGCGUACGGUUCGCACUAUGCUCCAGGUCAGACGCAGUCGGGAAGUGACACGUACCAAAGCCCAGGAGGUCCGGGUACGCCCAGUCGAGGUGGUAGAAACCGGCCAUCGCAGCCACCACCCGCACCACCGAGUAACGCGUCGAGCAACUCCAACACACCAACCAUGAACUCGGCCAAUAACACACCUACGAGGGGUAGAUCAAUGAGCACUGGUAGAGAGACUCUGCCACCUCCGCCGCCGCCACCUGGAGAAACCAUGUCGCCACCAGCAAUGAACGGAACGAUCCCAGUGCAUUUGCUGAACCAGCGCAACGGUAGCCGCUCUGGCAGCCCAUUGCCGAAUCACCAAUCAACACCGACGUCAAUCAUGCCAGUCAACAUGAUGGUUGGUCAUCAUCAGAUUGUGCAGUUGGGCGUCGACGAGACGGAGUCGUCGGUGCAGGAUCUGCCUCCGCCUCCUCCGACCCCGGACCCGGCACCAGUUACGCGUCCCGAUUCACCGCCGUGCAAUAUACCACCACCGCCGCCGCCACCCCCACCGCCACCACUAGCCAAUGGUCCAGAUUCAAUUGGCCAACCACAGCCUCUACCUCCUCAUCCGUUGACGAACGGUGACAUUGCCAAAAUGAUUGUCAACAAUCCACCGAAACUGAAGCCUCUAAAGAGUAUUGUUGAUGGACAGUUGAGAAAACCAGUGAAUCCGAAUAUACCUGCGGCUGUCGAUCCACGAAAUGACUUACUCAAAGCCAUAAGAGAUGGUAUUAAACUGCGUAAAGUUGAAAGAAAUGAGCACAGAGAGGUCGAACGAGGGAAUCCGCUAAACGAUGUGGCGUCGAUUUUAGCGAGGCGUGUGGCUGUGGAGGUCAGCGAUAGUGACUCAGCUUCGGAAUCCGAAUGCGAUAGCGAAGGUUGGAAUGAACACGAUACGAGUGCAACAAACGUUGCGUGACCAGGCGCCAAUGUGCCCGCGGGAACAACCACCCGGGUCACUGCUGUCUAAAUCGCCGCUUGUAUUUUAGGUUUAUUUUUAUUUAUUAUUCAAUGUUCGAAUUUUUAUUAUUCAUCCAAGCAUGCAUAAUUUUUAAAAUCACAUGCAAAUUUUACUAAGAUUUGUCAUUUGUCUAUGUUAAGUAUUUUUUUUUCAUGUAGUUAGAAUUUUGAAUUCAAAAAUACAAACUAAAUCUGUAUAAGUUUUUAUAAAAUAUUACCGAUUGUUGUAAUGUCACUGAGUUUUUUUACAUGUAAUUACGUGAAAUAAUAAGAUAUGCACUGUAAAGUU